CGAUCGGCUUUCGCGUGUGCGGGCAGGAAGCUUCUGGAGGCUGCGGGGAGCAUGGAUGAGGCUGCAGAUUGGCUCGUGGACUCUCUACGCUUGUACCGAGAUCUCCAUGCAUUUGAGCUGCCGGGUCCCACCAGAGUCUUGGAGUGGACUGAUAACCAAGGAGUAUAUGUUGCGGGCUGUGAAAGUCAGAAAAGAAAUGAAGUACUGCACCUUCUUUUACCCCCCAAACUCUGUGCUGAAAACCAGGGCUUAUGCCCAGAAAGAGAUUUCAGGAUGACACACGGGGGAUUUUCAGACAAGCCUGUCUACAACCUGAAGCAUGUGCCAGAGACCAGGCUGCUGGUAACAAGUGGCCCACCCGGUGAUUCUCUACAGGUGUGGCAGGUUGCAGAAGACAGUGAUAUGAUUAAAGCUGUGAGUACCAUUGCUACUCAUGGGGCAAAAAGUAGCCUCUGUCCCAAGAUUGCAGUCCUUGGCUCUAAGGUUCCCAGAGUCCUUCAUGGGGCCAGGGUCAGUGAUCUGCACAUUACUGAGCUGGAGUCCCAGAACACUCUCUACGUGUCAGGUGGGAGUGAUAGUGAAGAUGAGAUAAGCAGUUUGCAAGUAUUGGAUGCAGAUACAUUUAUCUUCUGCUGUGCUUCGGGACAACUGGGGCUUGUGGACAUCCGCCAGAAGCUGGGUGAUACAAAGCGGGCUGCCUCAAAUCCUGGACCUAGUGGGGAGUGGUGGUGUGCUGCACUUCAAACCAGUGGGCAGAGGCCAGCCCCCACCAUUGCCAGUCUGUCCUCAACUGGGCAGCUUCAGCUCACAGACCUAAGGGACCUUGACCAUCCGGUGACAACAGUGCAGUGCCCAGUUUCUGCACCCAGCACAGACUGGGAUUUGCUGAGGGUAACCUGGGCUCCUUCUCUAGAUGGCUACUUAGCCAUUUCAGGUUUUGAUGGGACUGUCGAGAUCUAUGAUACCACGUCCUGGGAGAGAAAUGGGAGCUGUGUCGAACCAGUCUUCAUUCAUAAAGGACAUCUUUUCAUGGAUGGGACUGAGAAGGAUGUGCUUCCACUGGUCACCACACAUUCCUGGCACCCCAGUAAACCAAGGACGUUGUUGUCUGCAGCAGUUGAUGCAUCUUUGCAUGUGUGGGAUUGGAUGGAUCCUUGCAAUGCCCGUUGAUCCCAGUUAAAGGAAGGAAGAGGCCCAGACGUUCCCAUGUUACUAGUCUGAGCUCACUUCCUGUGUUGUAAAGAUUGAAAGGGAAGGGCUGUAAAUCUCAUCUCUGCAUGUAAGGAGCAAGGAUUUUAAUAUCCUGUUUGGCAGUUAUGAGGGAAUUGGUUUAUUUUCUUGAAAUUAAGAUGACAGUGGUAUACGUGGCACUGCCAGGAAGGUAAAGGCUCAAAACCCAUCUGUCUAUCCCUGUCCUUUGACCUAACCAAGAACAGUAGCAUGCCUUGGGAAAUAUACAGUAAUUGAAUGUAAAUCCUUGUACAUCAAAGGUCUGUGGUAGGAGAAUUAUAAUAUGUUAGUGGAUCUGGAAAAGUAGUGGUCUCAUCCAGCUGUCAGGUGCCACCGUUUCUCCCCCCUCCCCUGGUAGGUACUACCCUACAAUACCCUCUCUUCACCAUAUGCCCCUUCUAUGGCUUGCCAGGAUUCCCCUGCCUAGGUCAGGCAGGUACUUACCAUUUUACCCAUCUGGUAUUUGCUUGGAUGGUGCUUUCAGUAAUAAGCUGCUCGUCACAUGACUUUUGUUACUUUGAAAGCUCUGUGGUUUCAUUGGUAUGGGUACUCCUGCCACUGAUCAUAUCUCUCUUGGCCUUUUAUUCUUUGUAAUUCUUGACCAUAUUUUCCUUAGUGUGUCCCACAGAGGAUCUAACAUCUUGAAGGCCUUCCGUUUUAUAUUGCCAUUUAUAUAUGCCAUUUGGCACUGUUCAACUCUUUUCUUGAUUUUCGCUAUGUGAUCAGCCCACCUCCAGUUAUACUUGCUCUUGAUCAUAACUCGCAUGAUGUGUUUUGUAUACAAAUUAUUGUUAGUAAGUAACUGAAGCUUAUUUCUA